GUCGUUGGGCUUGGCGGGCCGCCUUUGGCCGAACUCUUAUCCACUGACGUGGUGUCGUUUUACCUUUCCGCGGCCUCGUUUUUCAAACGAUGCUGUCAAACAAUGUCGUUUUCCAUUCCGCGACAUUGUUUUGUUUUUCAACCAAACCGUACCGUUGGUCUUUCCGCGGCAUCGCUAAAAACGGUAUUGUUGUUCUCAUCUUGCAGUGUCGUUGGUCUUGCCGGGACUCGCCAAAAUCCAACCCGCCGUGGUAUGGUCUCGAACGCCUAGCAAUAUCGCGGCGUUGUUGAUGCUUUAAGCGGUGUCGUUUUGAUAUUAAACGACUCCGCUUCCAACCUUGCGGUGUAGUUUUCUUCCCCAACCAGCCGUUUGUUUUUUUUUUCUUCCACGACACUGUUUAUUAUUAAACACCGUCGUUUGCUAGUAUAGCGGUACCGUUUUAAAUUCCGCGGCACCGUUUUAGUUCUCCGCGGUGCCGCUUCUCCCUAUCCAACAAGGAAUAAAAAAUAAAAAAAAAAUAAUUAAUUAGAGUAAACAAAACUCCUUCCCCAACUACGACUAAACGCGCGGCUCCUCUUUUGUUUUUUGGUGACCGGUGCCGUUUCCAGUGUCGCGGUACCGCUGAGCUUCCUUGCAGUACGGUUUUUUGUUCCGCGGUAUCGCUUAAUUUCAAACGACGCCGUCUUUUACCCACGGUAUUGAAUUAAAUGCCGAUACUAAUUAAUGCGGCAUUUAAUUUCGGCCGGAUUAAUUUUUAGGUGUCAACACUUUCUCUUGCUGGUCUCUAUCUUAGGGUUUCAAUUCCAAUUUCCACCACAGGGUUGUCGUUGGCUUCCCUUUCGGGACCGGUGGCGACCCUCCAUAUUGUUUUCCUUUAGCUUGCUUUCUUACUUUCGCUUUGUUGAUUUGGUUUCCUGUGUUUACCUUGCUUUCCUCUAUUCUUCUUUUGCUUCUCCUGCUUUGAUCGACGCUUCUCUUCUCCCUUGCACUGGUUCUCUCUGUUCCCUUUGUGGGUUAUAGUUUUGUUCCUCCGAUCUAGUUCAUAGAUCUCGAGAUGUUUGAUCUAACUACCUUGGAGGCUGGUUGCUCUUUCGACUGGUUUGUCUUCCCCUUUCCAACCCCCUUCGUCCAUCUCCUUGUUGUUUCACUCUGCAAGUUUGGUGAUUUGGAAAUGCAAAAGCCCUUGGUUUAGACUUGGCUUGGAGAGAUUCGAAGACAGAAGAUCACCCCUCUAACUCCUCUCAUUGUUCCCCUUAUCGUUCAUGAUGUUUUUUCGUGGUGUGGGUGUGGUGAUGGUGGCAUCGAUCAGUCUGAGGAGGUUUGUUUAGAGGGUGCCUCUCCGCUGUCUUCCAUCCAUGUUGGUUUGAAACUGGCUCCCCUUCUCACCGUCUCGGCGACCCUCUUUCUCGUGGCGGUGGCUCGUCGUUGGUGGUGGGUUAUGAUUGCGUCUGGCGGUGGAGUUUUUCUGCCACUGCUGGUGAUUUCUCCAGAGGGGUUGCUUGGCGGGUUUUGGAUGGUUUGACUGUGUUUGUGGUCCUUGGGUUAGGGUUAUAUUGGGUUCCAGCCAUCUAUUUGGGCCUCAGGUUUGAUUGUCCAAAUUUUAAUUGCCUUUAUAAUUUGUAUGUUUUUCUUUGCCAUCUUAAUGAACUGCACUUUGUCAAAAAAAAAAAAAAAAUCAUCCACCAAUCUAUCAAUUCAAUGCAUUUGUCACCCGAUACUUCUAAUAUACCAUUAGAAGUAUUUUUUUUUCCGCAAUACAUGAUCAUUGUUAGUUAAUGAUUAAUUGUCAUGCAUGUUUAAUGUAAAUGGGCUAAGUAUGAGUUUGUGGCUAUUGGUUUAACCUACUGAAAUUUUUACAAAAAAGCUUUUGUUGUAGUUUUUGAUAGUGUUAAAAAAAACAAUUGAGUGUUUGAUCGAUAAACUAUUUUAAUUACUUUUUAAUAGUAUAGGGCAUGUUAAAUUACUAAACAUGAUUUAUAAUAAAAUAUGUUCAAAACGGAUGUUGUUGUAUUAUAAUUUAAUUUAUUUUUUAAAAUAAUAUAAAAGAAUGAAACGUGUGUUUAUGUAAAAAAAAUAUGAUAAGGAUAAUCUUGUAUUGUUCUAAACAAUUUUUUUUGCAGAAAUUUCAAAUUGGAGCUUAUGCUUUAUGUUGUAAAAACACUUUUCAUCCUUUUCAAGUAUUGAACAUAAAGCGGCCCGACUUCAACCUUUAAAGCACAAAAGAAAGUUCUAAAACUCAUGCCAAACAUUAGGAGUGGAGGCUCGGUUACCGGGUAACCGGUCAGUUAAACAUAUAACCAAAAUUCGAUCGGUUGUCGGAGGCCGGACGAGAUGAUUUUGAUAUCGGAGGCGGCACGGUUAACCGUCUAUUUCGAUCGAUUGUCGGUUGGGGGGCCGACCUUUCGGUUAACCGAUAACCAACCGAUUGGAUUCGUUCAUUUGCAGCCCUAAUUACACACCUUUGUACUGCUUAUGAAACCUUCACAUCUUUCAACCACUCUCGAUCCCACUUGCCCUUACUGUUACAACUUCUUUUUCUCAGCUCCCAAGCAGUACUAUUGGCAUUCCAUAAAUAAAUAAAUUAAUUAAUUAAAUACUUUAGAAAAGUGAAAUCAAUAACCAACAAAUCUACCUAACCCUAAAAGGAAAUUGUACCUAGAUUUUUAAUUCAGGAUAAAUUUUUUGCCAUUCCGUCCUCAAAUAGAGCAUCUAGAGACGAGCCAUAAAAAGAACUAAUAAGAAUACGAGUAGUUGAAACUUCAUGGACUCUUCGUCAUCGGCAGUUCGGCACCUACAAAACAAGGACUCCAAGAAAAUGUAAACAAAAUUGGCCCCACCGACUCCAAUUCGAAAACCACGGCCACGGCAAUUCGUUGUUUUACUUAACAACCAAAAAACCUGACUCCUUUAUUUGUUACUUCACUAACCAAAUAUUAUAUAGUACUACUCAAAAAUGGAUUUAAUUAUUUCCAACUUGUCUUUUUUGGAAUAAUAAUUGUACCAUUUGCAAAUGAGAAAUUCUUUUUAUAGUGGUUACUAUGGAUGAAAAUUGGUGUCGGUAUUUAAGAUAUACCGAAUACCGUACCGAAUUUGUCUAUAUUCGGUAUUACCGAAUACACGUAUUAUUUUGUGGAAUUGGGAUUGGGAUUGAAUUUCAAUUGUUAUUCGGUAUUAGAAAUUACGGGAUUGGGAUCGGGAUAUACCGAAUACCUAUCAAUACCGAAAUACAAGCUAGUGCGUAAUUUAUCCUUUGAACUAGACUCACUCAUUCACUACUAGGUGACCCUCAACUACCAAGAGUGUCAUUUAAUUAAUACAUAGAUCAUUCCAUCACUCUUUCACACUAGUAUUAGUCGUCUCUCAACCUCAAAUUCGUCAAAUUAAAGAUUACCAAUUACAAGAAUUUGAGAUAUUAGCUCUAGACAACUCAAGACUCUUUGCUUAGUCUCUUUGUCCUAAAUUAAAUAAUAAAAUCUAAUUUAUAUAUUUAAUUAUUAAUUACAAAGGUAAUUAAUUUUGUAUUUGAUAAUACCGAUUGGGAUACCGAAAUAUUUAGGGAUUGGGAUUGGGAUACCGAAAUUAUUUAGAGAUUGUAAUUGAGACGGUAUUCGGAAUUUCAGUAUUUGAAAUUGGGAUACCGAUACCGUACCGAUUUCCACCCCUACGUGGUUACCACCAAUCCGGUUGUGGUGCUUACAUUACUAUUUGUGAGCAAGUGACAAAAACACUUGUGAACGUCGGAUCAUAUGUUGAGCGUUUCGUAAUCGUCAAAUGGACGUAAAAAUAUUUUCAUAAACAAAGUGUUAUCGCAUCUAUCGAAAUUAUAAAUCAUUCAGCGCUCGAUCUGACGACCGUGGACAUUGGGAGUACAGUACAUACUCACAAAUGGUUUGUAAGGAUUUCUGAAUAUUAAGUAGGGGCCACAUUUGUGUUAUCCUAUAUUUUACCUAAUAAUCAAAAUCAACGGGCUAAAUUAUGGAUCCUUAUCCUCAACCUUUUCUAUAUUCUGCUCAUCCACGGAUUUCAUUUACCCAGUGGGCAAAGAUUACGCCCCCAAAUAGUAUAUGAAUGUUUGCUUGUACAAAAUUGAUAAAUCCCGUGAAAUUCUGUCGACUAAAAAAGAUUAAAAAAAAAUGGCAGGCUACCUGACCAGGUUCCAGAGUACUAGACACAGAAACAAGUGGGAAUGGUUUAGAGAUUUUAGGUAACUUGGAAUUUCUUACAUGUUACUUCUUAGAGCAGGUUCUACGGAUUGUAUUACCUAAAAUACAAUAAGUAUUGCCUUAUGAUUACAUAACAUAAUAUAUUUAUUACAUAUAAUAGUGGUAAAAUAUCAUUACGAAAAUCAUACGUAAUAGAUGGUUUUAUGUAAUGUAUGGUAACAUCAUGUUACGUUAAGUACUAAAUAAUUACAGAAGCUUUAUCCAACACUUUCAAUUUAACUGUUAUGUAAAAAAUAACUAUCGUUUCGUAACCUUUAAGUAAAGUAUGUGUAUUUUAUAUAAGAAUUGUAAAGCUUCAUUAUUUGUAAAGUAUCAUUAUGAAAGCCUUAAGUAAUGCACAGACCUUUUACGUAAUGAAUAUUAGCCUCGCUUUACGUAAAAUGCUAAGUCGUUAAGGAAGUACUAUGUUUUACGUAAAGUAUAAACCAUUACGGAAGCCUUACGUAACGCUUUAGGUUCAAUUGAUGCGCAAGAAACAAUUGUCGUUCCGUAACUUUUACGCGUGUAUUUUACGUAACAGUUAUAAAAGGUCAAUAAGUGAUGAUCUCCUACGUCGAUUACUACUCUUUUUGUAACUCAAUGAUCUAAACUUAGUUUUAAUACAUUUUAACAAUCAACAUUCAUAUAAGUUAUCUAACUUGAAAUUAUACCCAACUUAGUUUAGGAUGUAAAAAAUAUAUGGUUGGUGAUGCGAUCCUCAACUCGAAAAUGAAAGGGAUUUGUUUUGUAAGAAUAUGAGAGCGAGGGAUGAAUUAUUAUACGCCCACCUUGUAUAAACAUGUAUAUAUGAUUAUAUUAUAUUGAUGUAAUUAGGAUUAGCGAAGAACAAGCUUGGAGAGGAAAUUGAAGACACUUGCGUCGUUAUAUCUCAUGGUCCAUGCACGACUGGGCUUUUGAUGCUGAAGUGGAUCGGCCCAACAAAACUAGCAAUUCAGUAUCUAGACAGCCUACAAAGCAAAGUCAACCCGGCCCGUUUUUCCUUUAAUCCGGGCCACUUUUUAUUUACACAUUCGGGGAAUCCAUUUGCUAUAUAUCAAAGUAAAACUUCCACAUUUCGCUGGUCAUGCACUUACGGUCCAAGUAGUAGAAAUCUUCGGCUGACGUGGAGGCUUGUAGAGACUAGAGAGGUAUGCAAAUGGCAAAAGCUUAAUUAAUAUAAUUUUUAGGAAAAUAAUUAACAUAUGUAAUGUCAAAUACAAGAGAGUAUGAUAUACAUAAUUAGAAACCAAUUCUAUAGAAAAUAAAUCUCACAUGAGACAAUAUGCUUGCAAAUACAUAUUACAUAAUAACACAAGAUCUUUUGAUGUCCACUCGACGAACUGUUUUCGUCUAUAGAACCUUGGGAGCGAGGAGUACAUUAUUGGGGGAAAAUUCGAAAUUUAAAGAACCGACUCCAAAUUAGAGGCAAAUAAGGUGUGUGGGAUUGGCAUGGAUAGGGAGAACCUUAUUUUCGAAAUUAAUAUUUAAUACGCAUUAUUAAUUUUUUUAUUGAUGAAUUAUAAUGGAUUUAUGCUUGUUACAGUUUUGACGGGGGAGAUUUUGGAGCAAAUAUGGAGGAUUUAUUCACAUUGAAACUCGAGGAAUAAGCAUGGACACGGGAAUCGAAGAUCUAGAGAUGAUUGCUGUAUUUUUUCUUAUCUUAGUGGAGUAACUUCCUUUCACUUAGGUUUUAACCACAACCAUGUUUUGUAUUGGAUGAUUGUAUGAGUGCUCUUUCUGUUAAUAUUGAGUUCAUAUUCAAUCGAUUGAUGUUUCAUGUUCAGUUCUGCUUCAAUCAAGAUUAUUGAUUAUGUUUUGAUUCCAUGAGAAUGAAUACCUUAUUAGGUCAAUAGAGCACCAUAGAUUGGAAGCACUAGAUCGAUGUGUGAGAGUUAGUCAAAACAUUGUUUGGUAUUGAAUGAGAACCUCACUCAAUAAAGAGAGUCUAGAGUAACACGCUUUAAUCGGUUGUGUUAGAGAAGGAUACGCCCCUAUAAGCAACUAAUUCAAGAGGGCCUUGAUUGCUUUAAUUGAGAUUCAAGGUUUAGUUAAGGACUUUCAACAUUAUGAAUGAAGAGUGAAACAAUUUAGAGAAUUAUCAAUCAUUAAUCCGACUAAUGGCUAGGGGGAAUAUUCAAUACCUAAAUGAGUUUCCAACUUGAGAUUAGCAAUCUAACUUUAGUAUAGUUUGUAGAGUUUUUAGUUAUUUAAUCUGAAUCUAUUUUGCUAAAUAAUAAACUAAUAAGUACUAGUAAAUCUAAAGACCCGUGAAUUUGAUACUUUAUUACGUGUGCCAUUAUACUGCAGUCCUUCCAUUGGUUACAGUUGACCUGUAUUAGGAGUGUAGUUUUAACAAAUCAAGUUUUUGACGUCGUUGCAGGGGAACAUCUAGGCACUACAACAAUUUUCGUCUAUUGUGACAAAAAUAUUUUGUCAUAAUAAUAGUAGCAAAACCAUCCACGAACAAUUCAUCCAUGAUUCAUAGUAGCAAAACCAUCCAUUAUUUGCUUAAUAUAUAUAAAACAACACAACACAACCAACACCAUCAUCUGCUCUUGUUGAAAGCAAACACCUAAUAAACCCCAACUUGAACAACCACAACAAACAUACCACCAACAAGCAAACACCAAAUAAACCACCAACUUGCUAGGUCUAGAAUCAUGGAAAUUAUAACAAUCAAGAAAAACUAGAAAUUCAACAGAGGAUACAAUGCCGAAAAGCUACACAUUUUUUUGAAAGCUUUCUCCUUCCAUGAGGAAGUAAUAGUGCGGGGUUAGAUAACCAUAUGAGGAAAGGAUUCCUUGCGCAUAAGAAUAAUAAGCAGAGCCUUCCACAGUCUCUUACUUAUCAACUAUCCUCUUCCAUGUUAUAUCAAUUACUGAUAGUUUAGCACCCAAACAGGGAAACGGUCUAAUAUCACAAACAAAGUUUCAAAUGCCCUUGAACUCAAAUAAGAAUUUCUUGAACGGAUAUAAUAACACUACCACAAAGAACUCAAGGUGGAAUUCAACAUGGAAAUGUUUCUCUGAUUUAGUUUAAGUGUUCAACGUGAAACACUGAUCCUUCUUGGAACCCUUUCCCACAAGUUUUCUUGUAAGGAUCAUGAACUCUCUGGAAGAUUGAUUAUGGAAGGGACAGAGACUAACCAUGCAAAAGCAAAAGCAAGCCGACGAAAGAAGCCCGUUUCAUUUCAGCAAAAGCAUCCACCCAUUUUGGUUUUGGCUGUGAAGCCUUUGUCCUCUUUCACUCACCAAUCGCGUGGCACAAUCAUUGUGGUGAAUCUUAAGCUUAACGAUAAGGCCAUGGCUUCUCCACUUCGAAAACGAAACACAACAAACCAAAUCCUGUGGUCAGAAAUGGGCUUAUAACAAUGUCGUGAACCCAAUUCUAACGUACGAUGAGAUUGACUCCUCCACCAAUCAGGGAACUGGGCCGCAUCACUAUAAGAAGGGCAGUUUUCUUUCGGGGGCGAGGCAGAAAAGAAGAAGAAGAAGAAGAAAAAAAAAAAAGUUUCACUGAGUACGUAAUUAAGGCGAAUUUGAGAAAUGGCUUCCAUGAUUUCUUCCUCCGCCGUGGCCACCGUGAGCCGCCGCACCGGCGCUCAGGCCAGCAUGGUCGUCCCUUUCACCGGCCUCAAGUCCACCUCCGCCUUCCCCGCCACCAGGAAGUCCACCAACGACAUUACUUCCAUCACAAGCAACGGUGGCAGAGUCCAGUGCAUGAAGGUUUGGCCACCAAUCGGCAAGAAGAAGUACGAGACCCUCUCCUACCUCCCGCCACUGUCGGAGGAGUCGUUGGCCAAGGAGGUCGACUACCUGCUCCGCUCAGGAUGGGUUCCUUGCUUGGAGUUCGAGACGGAGCAUGGUUUCGUGUACCGCGAGAAUCACAGGUCGCCGGGGUACUAUGACGGAAGGUACUGGACGAUGUGGAAGCUUCCCAUGUUUGGGUGCACCGACUCGUCCCAGGUGAUGAAGGAGCUCCAGGAGUGCAUCAAGGAGUACCCCCAGGCCUUCAUCCGCAUUAUUGGAUUCGACAACAAGCGCCAAGUGCAGUGCAUCUCCUUCAUCGCCUACAAGCCCAAAGGAUACAACUAAAACUCGCUGACCCUCCAAUUUCUACGUACCACAUACCACCAUAAUAAUAGUACUUACGGGAAAUCGGUCGUGGUCAAGUGAUCGUGCCGUCGAUUUUCAGUUUGUAGUUCUCAAGUUCGAAUCCAAUAGACGACGCUCAUUUCCACUCUCCUCUAGUAGUCUCCUGUUACAGGUUUCUGAAAAAAAAAAAUAAUAAAUAAAGCCCUCCUGUAACAGGUAUAAUAAUAUAAUAAUACUUUGCAUAUACUAUAGUUUGUGUUUAAUAUGCUCACUUAUUGAAUUGGCUUUGCUUCUCCCAUCUUUCUUUCUUUUGUAUGGUGGUUGUGUAAAAUUUGCAUAUACUAUAGUUUGUGUUUAAUAUGUUCACUUAUUGAAUCCGCUUAGUUUCUUCCCAUCUUUCUUUCUUUUGAUUGGUUGUUGUUGUGUAAAAUAUGGAUGCUUGGUAGUCUGGAUAAGGAUGCUUGGUAGUAUCGCCAAAUGAGUGGUUAUUGAUGGUUGCUAUUACUUUCAAAACCAACAUCUAUAAGGUGAAAAUUAGUAUGAAAUUUGCAUCUCAAUAAAAAAUAAGGACAUUU